AUGGCAUUCAGUUUGCUGUGGAAUUGUGCCCCGCAGGUGGAUGACUGCACUGAUGACUUAAUGAGAAGGAGAAAUGGAGGAGUUGGCAGAUACAGGGACGAUUCAGAGCUCGGCUUUGGCUCACAAGGCUUCAUUAGUCAAAUUGACCUGGAGGAAAAUGUUUUGCUUUCAUUUAGGGUGAUCGAUGUCAGCGGCAGUGGAGAAUAG